AUGGCGGUGACCAACCUUAGCGGCGUGAGACGUGUCUUGCUGCCCGUCCUCGUCGUAUGGUUCAUGUUUUGCAUGACACGAGUCGUGGAGGCCGAGGAAGAAAAUGUGUUGCCUAAUGAACAGGUGUGCAGCGAAAACGGUCAGCCAGAGGGUGUCAAAGUGACAGUAGAUGCCACUACGCGGACGGCUCAAUUCGGCUGUGGAAGUGGACUGGGACACCUAUGGCCAGUGUCGAAGAAGCCGGAGGCUCUGACCGAGUACUUCACCGACCAGACCUGCAAAACACCGAAAGAGCUCACUGCUACAUUCGGCGCUGAAACAACACUAAAGAAGACCACUAAAGGACAAAGUUUGUCGAGCAAAGUAGAAAUCGCCAGCCAGACACCAACUGCAUACACGCUGACUUUCGGAAGUCUUCCAGACAAGCAAGAAAAGAUCUACUUCAAGUGCGCGAAUACUCCGUAUUCGGUAGAUGACAGUCGAAGUUCCCAAGAAAAGGGGUCCUGCCUGGUGACAAUUGUCAUACCGCCUAAGCCGGCACCGCCUCAGGACACGUGCACCCCGGAGAGGCAAGCGUUGAGCCUCACAAUCACAAAGCCAGGCGAGAACGCCACUUUCAAGUGCGGCGAAAAAAAUAGCACCCUCCUCCCGUCAGAACCCCGUGUCUUCAGUGAAGACUGCCAGACCGACCAGGCCCUCGACGCUGCGAUUCCCUCAGCCAAGAUGGAGUCGCAGGACGGUGCUCACACCUUGACUGUGCCGAAGUUGCCAACGGCGGGCACCGUCAUCUGUUACAAGUGUGUGGACCAAGCAGACAAGGCGGCCGAACAAUGUAGUGUCAAAAUCAGCGUCAGCGGUUCGGAGAGCUCCGGCGCGUCGAUGGGGACAGUUUCCGGGUUCUCUGCAACUGCGCUCGUCGCAGUCGUUUUCGCUGGCAGGGUUCAUUUCUAUUAA